AUGCAGGCUUCCCUCCUCCCAACCACCACCACCCACGCAGGCUUCCCUUCCCCUCACCCCCACCACCACCACCACCAAGGCUUUCAACGCCCUCACCCCCACCACAACGGAGGCUUCCCACAACCUCACCCCCACCACAACGGAGGCUUCCCACGACCUCACCCCCACCACAACGGAGGCUUCCCACGACCUCACCCCCACCACAACGGAGGCUUCCCACGACCUCACCCCCACCACAACAGAGGCUUCCCACGCCCUCACCCCCACCACCCACAGAGGCUUCCCACGCCCUCACCCCCACCACCCACAGAGGCUUCCCACGCCCUCACCCCCACCACCCACAGAGGCUUCCCACGCCCUCACCCCCACCACCCACAGAGGCUUCCCACGCCCUCACCCCCACCACCCACAGAGGCUUCCCACGCCCUCACCCCCACCACCCACAGAGGCUUCCCACGCCCUCACCCCCACCACCCACAGAGGCUUCCCACGCCCUCACCCCCACCACCCACAGAGGCUUCCCACGCCCUCACCCCCCACCACCCACAGAGGCUUCCCACGCCCUCACCCCCACCACCCACGGAGGCUUCCCACGCCCUCACCCCCACCACCCACGGAGGCUUCCCACGCCCUCACCCCCACCACCCACAGAGGCUUCCCACGCCCUCACCCCCACCACCCACAGAGGCUUCCCACGCCCUCACCCCCACCACCCACAGAGGCUUCCCACACCCUCACCCCCACCACCCACGGAGGCUACCCUCCCCCACAACCGCACCACCCACGGAGGCUACCCUCGCCCUCAACCGCACCACCCACGGAGGCUACCCUCGCCCUCAACCGCACCACCCACGGAGGCUACCCUCGCCCUCAACCGCACCACCCACGGAGGCUACCCUCGCCCUCAACCGCACCACCCACGGAGGCUUCCCGCCCCCUCGCCCGCACCACCCACGGAGGCUUCCCGCCCCCUCGCCCGCACCACCCACGGAGGCUUCCCGCCCCCUCGCCCGCACCACCCACGGAGGCUUCCCGCCCCCUCGCCCGCACCACCCACGGAGGCUUCCCGCCCCCUCGCCCGCACCACCCACGGAGGCUUCCCGCCCCCUCGCCCGCACCACCCACGGAGGCUUCCCGCCCCCUCGCCCGCACCACCCACGGAGGCUUCCCGCCCCCCUCGCCCGCACCACCCACGGAGGCUUCCCGCCCCCCUCGCCCGCACCACCCACGGAGGCUUCCCGCCCCCUCGCCCGCACCACCCACGGAGGCUUCCCGCCCCCUCGCCCGCACCACCCACGGAGGCUUCCCGCCCCCUCGCCCGCACCACCCACGGAGGCUUCCCGCCCCCUCGCCCGCACCACCCACGGAGGCUUCCCGCCCCCUCGCCCGCACCACCCACGGAGGCUUCCCGCCCCCUCGCCCGCACCACCCACGGAGGCUUCCCGCCCCCUCGCCCGCACCACCCACGGAGGCUUCCCGCCCCCUCGCCCGCACCACCCACGGAGGCUUCCCGCCCCCUCGCCCGCACCACCCACGGAGGCUUCCCGCCCCCUCGCCCGCACCACCCACGGAGGCUUCCCGCCCCCUCGCCCGCACCACCCACGGAGGCUUCCCGCCCCCUUGCCCGCACCACCCACGGAGGCUUCCCGCCCCCUCGCCCGCACCACCCACGGAGGCUUCCCGCCCCCUCGCCCGCACCACCCACGGAGGCUUCCCGCCCCCUGCCCGCACCACCCACGGAGGCUUCCCGCCCCCUCGCCCGCACCACCCACGGAGGCUUCCCGCCCCCUCGCCCGCACCACCCACGGAGGCUUCCCGCCCCCUCGCCCGCACCACCCACGGAGGCUUCCCGCCCCCUCGCCCGCACCACCCACGGAGGCUUCCCUCACUCGCGCCCCCAGCACCCACGGAGGCUUCCCUCACUCGCGCCCCCAGCACCCACGGAGGCUUCCCACACUCGCGCCCCCAGCACCCACGGAGGCUUCCCACACUCGCGCCCCCAGCACCCACGGAGGCUUCCCACACUCGCGCCACCAGCACCCACGGAGGCUUCCCACACUCGCGCCACCAGCACCCACGGAGGCUUCCCACACUCGCGCCACCAGCACCCACGGAGGCUUCCCACACUCGCGCCACCAGCACCCACGGAGGCUUCCCUCACUCGCGCCCCCAGCACCCACGGAGGCUUCCCUCACUCGCGCCCCCAGCACCCACGGAGGCUUCCCUCCGUCUCGCCCCCAGCACCCACGGAGGCUUCCCUCACUCGCGCCGCCAGCACCCACGGAGGCUUCCCUCACUCGCGCCCCCAGCACCCACGGAGGCUUCCCUCACUGGCGCCCCCAGCACCCACGGAGGCUUCCCUCACUGGCGCCCCCAGCACCCACGGAGGCUUCCCUCACUGGCGCCCCCAGCACCCACGGAGGCUUCCCUCACUCGCGCCCCCAGCACCCACGGAGGCUUCCCUCACUCGCGCCCCCAGCACCCACGGAGGCUUCCCUCACUCGCGCCCCCCAGCACCCACGGAGGCUUCCCUGA